UACGUGCGUGAAAAAAACGCGACUGUGGAAAUCCGGCCUUUCACGGAUGAAUCACGAAUACACGCUUUCCAAGUCUCGCUUGAGGCUGAGUCUGUCAAAAAUUGGUUCAGACUUCAGAGUCUAUUCUAAAGAAUCCUUAAAUAGUAAAAGCGAGACUUGUGGCGAGUCUAGGGACUAGGGAAUCAAUUGAGCAAAACUGUUUGUUUUUAUUUGAAAAAAUGAUAGUAAUUUAAAAGAAUCAUAAUGAGGCAACUCGUCCAUUUAUUGCUAACGAAGCUAAAAUAGGCUCUAGGCUGAUGUAAAAUUCUGUAAUAAUGAUACAAUAUCUUCUUCCUGUAUAUCUAAAGCCGUGACAUAUUCAAAUACGAGAUGGGGUGAUUCUUGAGUCGUCCGGAAUUCCGGUUUCGGGCGAAUGUUUUCAUUUCGCGUGGGUUUGCAGUUUGCACUACAAAUUUUAGGGAAGUUGGAUUUGGCUGGUGCCUAAGUAGCGAGGUGGCUUGUGUACUACAAUACAACACAAGUAACCAUUCUCUACCAUUCAGAUAUUUGAAAUUUAAUACAUGAAUAAAUUAAUUUGCUACUUUGGGUUUCCCCGACAUGCAUGUAAUCGUGCUGUUCAAUUGGCUUGAGUAUUUGUGGACAGGAUUCUCCCUAUAUACGCUAAAACCUUUACUUUCGUAUUACAAUAAUGCUUACGUUUGUUUGUUUUUAAGGAAUUUCUAAUUUAUUGAAUGUUGUUUAGCCGCCUUUUAAAAAAUCUUUUGAAUUCUUUUUUUUUUUGGUUUUCCCCUUAAUACAUCACGCGCAAGUCAUAUGAGCCCGUGAUUAAUUACUUCCUUUCGAAGUACCAGGAAUAUAUAAGCCUUGGAAUUACAGGACGUCCUCAUUACAAUAUAUACUGCUAUUGAGAAAGCAUGUCUAGAAAGCUAAAACAGACGGCUGCGUCCACCUCGUACGGCUCGAUGGACGAACCGAAUGGCCAUCAUGUUACAGUUAAUAUCUCCAGCGACGAACCCGAAUGUCAAAAUGUCAUCGUCCGCAUGGCGGUACCGAAUCGACCAAUGUGGCAUUUUAUCGACGAAGGUGAAAAAGUUGAGUUGUAUGUCACAUUUCCUAAAGGUGUUGUUGGAAUCAUGUAUGAAGGUGGGGACGUAAGGAACCCUGUUUACGAGCUGGAUCUGGCUGGAAACAAAGUUGCACUGGAGCCUCUCCUGUGCAUCAAAGACACUCAUUGUACAAUGUUUAAAGCAACAAGUAUUGUGACAGCAGCGAAAGGCCGGGUGACGCCCGGUAAACCUGUGCCAUUCAGUUUGCAAUAUUAUAAAGACGGGAAGCUUUGUGAGGCCACUGAAGUGACUCCACCGAAUAUGUCUGUCUACUACGAACCGGUUUGGAAAAAACUGAUUGAAAGGGACGACAGCUUAGUUGAGCGAAUCAGAGAAUUGGAUGACAGGCCACGAAUUAAUGAGGAAGGUGAUUACGGCUCAGAUGGCCCAGACUCUGGUGACUCGCACGAAGCAGAAGCAAUUUUGGAAAGAAGUUUUAAUCGUUCCACCACCCCCGAGCAACUUGCGGAGGAUGACUUUUUCCUCUACUACACGAGAAGAACCUGCCGACCGUUCCUGGAGUCCAACAACCCUGUCAUAAAGUUUAUCAGAGAACUCAUGGUGUCGCCGCUGACUAAUUUUACCGGGCUCAGUCUCUACUUUCAGCUCUACCUGGUCGAGAUAUUUCACGUAAAAUUUUACACGAAACUUGGUCAUUACUUAUGCAUGCCAAUCAUCGUUCUCUUUAUGGCCACGUGGUUCGCACAGUUUCGUAUCGUCGGCGACUACAGAAUUGAAGAUGUUAGCAUUUUCAUUUUGAACGGCACUUUUGUAUUUGUCCUUUCUCUCCUGGCGUGGUACGUGAUCUGGGGCUGUCUUUAUAGAAUGCUUUUCUUUGGGGCAUUCAUGUUGUGGCCUUUACUCGUCAUGUAUAUAAUGGCCAACAUGUUAUUCCAAACAAUUGUUAUCACUUCAUACUGGGCACACGAUAACGAGCUGACCUUGGACGAUGUCAGGGAGAAAUGGGGCGAGAAGUCGCAUAAAUGGCAUGAUGUCAUAACCUUGGCACAUUACGGCGUCGUGUGGUAUUUGAAUCCAUUGCUCUGGGCCCUCGGUUUCGCUGCUAUUCAAGCACUGACCCACCUUUGUGAAGAAAAACUGCCUCCGCGUGUUUCUCAAACUGCGCACUGGCUUGACCUGAAAGUUGUUUUACAACGGAAUGGAAGAUUUCACUUCGCUCUCAUUGGUUUCUCGCAGUUCAUUUUUGGCACCUUGAAUGAGUUUGUGGCAAGUCCUCGCCUCCUGCCGUUGCUCAUGCUGCGACUCUGCUACAACCUGGGUUACGACGAGAGACAGUGGAUGAAAUUCCGUAUGUUGGUCGACGAGUGUUUGAAAUAUGGUGACCCGGCUAUUGACUAUAUUGGAAGGGGGGGAGCUAGAUGGCCAGCGAAGUUCAGAAGAUGGAAUCCAGAGAAUUUAGAAGAACAAGUGAGAAAGAUAGAACAUGGUUUAAGCAAGAAACAGAAAGAGUGUUUAAAAGAUCCUGCAUUUCUUCAAAAUAAACAGUUUACCGAAGAAUUUAAAUCAUACGUGCUUCUUCGCCAUCGUCUUUCGAAAUACAGAGUCCAGGUGUUAGCCUAUGGUCCCUUCACCCCACGGCAGUCGGCGGACCUUAAUUCAACGUUAACGUACAAUGAUUUGCAAAUGAAAAAUGACUUCCCUGAUGAUCCGGCUUUUAUAAUGUUUCUGAAAGAGGUAAGACAGCACUUCGCUGAAAUGGAGUUCAGGUUUGUGGAGGAAUGUAAAUUGAACCGAGUGUUGUUAGCACAGCGAUGACGCAACACAUAAAAAAGCACAUUUUUGAGAAAACCGCUGACGUGAUAGCCUGAUCCUACGUGUUGACAACGAGCGUCGUUCGCUCCCAAUAAAACUCUGGAUUCCAGUUGCCAUUUUCCUUUCUCGCAGGGACAAAUAUCCUCCAUUUUGCGGUACUUUUAACUUUAUUAAACGGCUUUAAGUCAUAAUAUUAUGAAGGGCGUUUUAUACGUCUACAUUGGCCUUUUUAACUUUAUUGAGAAGAAGAGUAUUUUAUAUAACGGAUUUCGCAUGAAUAUACGUAAUCUUCAAAUGUAUAUAGAUCACUGUAGCUUUUU